ACGACCGUGACCAGACGCUUCCCGACCGUCGAAAAGAAUGGACUUCAUUGGCUACAAGUAUUAUAGACUUCUGAAAUUCUGCUACUUCGUGAUGGGAUUGACAUCGUACAAACCAAAACAAUUAAGCGUAGCGCAUACUACGAUUGUAUGUUUGAUACUUCUUCUCGGUUCAACAUUUUUCGUGAUUUCCAGGACAAUAUCCCAUGGAUACAGAUUUGUCAUGAUUGUAAACUUCGUUAUCUUUAUAACUAGUAUAAUGUUCAGUAUUAAAAUAUUAUAUUCAAUACAAUGCACAUUCGACGAAAGCCAGAAAUUCUUUUAUAUUCCAUAUACUUUGGAAUGGUAUAAUUUAUCACUAUCAACACAGAAAUUGCUACUUUUUAUUAUGCAAGGAAACCAUCACUCAGCAGUAUUAAAUCUCUAUGGUAUAUGGCUACCUACGUUGGAAACUUUGAGCACGAUAAGUAAUGGUUUUUUUUAGGUGCCAGAGAAGAUAAAUUGUAUUUUGAACGAAACUUAAAUACAAUUAGAUUCAAACUGCAAAUAUUUAUGUUACAAUAAGGAACUCAUAAUGCUGCUACACUAAUAUAUAUUGGAAAGUUUAAAAUAAAAAUCUCAAGGACUGAAAGACUAAUCAAAAUAAUCUAGCUUACAAGUUAUUCAAUAAUAAUCCGUCAAUUUUGUAUUAGUUGUUCCACUGACAUCAUUUGGAAUGCAAGGCACUUUAAUCAAUAAAUGCAAUUAUUUCCAGAACUAUUUGUUAUUUUCAAAAAUGUUUCUUUCCAAAUUUGUUUCAGUUUAUUAACAAUUAGUUUGUUUGUAGCUAUACGCAUGUUGGACAUAUGAGUUAACUUUAUUUUCUUAAAUGAAAUUGCAUUUUUUCACUCAUUCAUGCAUUCUGACAUUUUCCAUAAAAAGAAGUAACAACGUAGUUGAAAAAUUCUUUUUUUAGGAGUUAUUUUAACUUUAGUUCUGUAAAAUCAAUAUAUGAAGGACGAGGAAGAGCAGUAUUCUUGUAUUCAUACUGUUUUCGUCUUUCGAGCGAUUUUAAUUAAAAAUGAAGUUAAAAUAUCUCAAACUAAUAAUUUUUCAACGUGAGUCUAUAUCUUUUCAUAUAGGAUAUUCAGCUGCAUCCAUUGAUUCGAUGGAUUAAAAAGUAUAUGAUUCUUUUCAAAAUAGCGGAAAUAACGACGAAAUAAAUUGUUAAAAAAGAAAAAAAAUACACACAUCACAGUAUGUUGUCUUUCAUACAAUAUAACUUUCGUACAAAACAUUUUUUUGUACAACGAAAAUCUUGGAAGUUAUUCGAGGUGAGCAUGUUUCGGGCAUUACUUUGUAUAGUAUACAGUAUAUUAUAUUCCUUUUUUACUUACAAAAGGAAUAGGUCGAUGGGUCCGAUCCGAUGACUCGUCUCUGAAGUGGCAUGCCACAACUAUGACUAUAUUAAAUUAUAAACGAUAAUGUAUUCCUGUUCCCAUAGACAUUUUUAUUUUAAAAAAGACAAAUUAUGAACAAAAAUUUAAGAAAGUUAAGGGUAAAAUAUGCCUUGU